ACCGUACCGGAAGGUUGCAAACGCAAGGUUAUACAUUUUUGAUCCGGCAACCCGACUCGUAAACAAAACCGGUUUGUUUUUACAAAUCCCGAACAGUGAAGAACUUUUAAUUUUAAAAAUUACGAUUUGUCUGGCCAAUUCGUGAAAUGUCCGCUCAAAUGGAAGUGGACGAGAAUGGUAAAAACGUGAUGGCUUCGUCCGGGACGAUGGGCAGCGUCUCGCUCUCGCUCCAUCCCCUUGUUCUCAUGAACAUAUCAGAACAUUGGACCCGGAUCAGAGCUCAGGAAGGUUCAGCUCAGCAAGUAAUUGGAGCUCUAAUUGGAAAACAGAAGGGAAGGAAUAUAGAAUUAAUGAAUUCAUUUGAACUCAUGUUUUCAAAAAUUGGAAAUGAUAUAAUAAUAGACAGAGAAUACUACAACACAAAAGAAGAACAAUUUAAACAAGUUUUUUCCGAACUGGACUUCCUGGGUUGGUACACAACUGGCGAAGGCCCGGAAGACAGCGAUAUCAAAGUGCAUAAGCAAAUCUGUGAAAUAAACGAAAGUCCAGUUUUCUUAAAGCUCAACCCCCAGGCAAGGCAUUCAGAUCUACCAGUUACCCUAUACGAAUCGGUUAUCGAUUUGGUUGAUGGCGAGGCUACCAUGCUCUUUGUCGAGCUGCAUUACACAUUGGCGACUGAAGAAGCCGAGAGAAUUGGAGUCGACCAUGUAGCAAGAAUGUCGAGCAAUGAUGCUAGUGAAAGCUCUUUAGUUGCUGAACAUUUGAGUGCCCAACAUUCAGCCAUAAAAAUGCUACACUCUCGAGUCAAACUUGUCCUUGAAUACCUUAGAGCAGUCGAGUCAGGACAGCUGCCUAGAAACCAUGACGUACUUAGAGAAGCCUACUCGUUGAGUCAUAGACUGCCCGUUGUCCAGAGCCCACGAUUCCACACAGAUUUCUACAAUCAAUGUAAUGAUGUAGGACUUAUGACCUACCUCGGGACGAUAACAAAAGGAUGUAACGAUAUGAACCAAUUAGUUAACAAAUUUAAUCUUUUAUACGAUAGACAAGGAAUGGGGAGAAGAAUGAGGGGGAUUUUCUUCUAAAACACAUCGGUUCAUCUGUGAAUAAUUCUAGAUAAUUUUCUACAGGCAAUGUGAACAUUUGGCAAAAAGAAAUUAUUUAAUAUUUAUCAAAUAAAGAUUAAUCUAUUGGGAUGAGUCAAUAAAAAUGACCAUUUUCAAGUUUUCAA